UCUCCUUAAAACAAAUGUAGCUUCCCACUUUUACCCUUCUUUUUUCCGUUUCACAGUUCCUCAAUCCACUUAGAUCUGAAGUUGUUUUCACUGUAAGUAGUAGAACAAUUCCUCCACCUCCCCAAUGGCUCACAGAGUUGUAUGGAGAAGAAGAGACAGAAGGGAUAACUGAGUUUUAGCCGAAAUUUUGGGUAUACGUCGUCGUUUUACUGGAAUUGAUAAAUGAUGACGUGUCUAUUGCACGUGGCGGAAGAUUCUAGAACGCAUCUAUAGUCGGUUUGGGUAUAUAAAAGGUAGAAUAGAUAUCAUGUUGAAGGAGGUUCAAUUGCCUUUCAAGGUUGGGCAAUCUGCAGAAGCACAAUCUUUUGAGAAUGGAUUUCGUGGUGCAUGGUUUCGAUGUAAGAUAAAGAAGAUUAACUGCAGAAGAGGACAUCAGAAUGCCCUGUUGGAAUACUUUGAUUAUCCAGAUGAAAAACUGACUUGGACAAAGCUGUAUCAAUAUCCCCCCUAUAAUGUUGGGAAAUCGAAGGAGAAAAAGCAACUAAUGCUGCGGCCGCAAUAUCCUUUAGUCAAGCUCGAAAAUGAAGUUUCAGAUGUCAGUUCAAUUUCUCUAGCUACAGUAGUUACUGAUGGUAAUUGGCAGGCAGGUGAUUUGGUUGAUUGGCGGGCUAAUGGCUGUUAUUGGUCUGGACAUCUGACAAAGUUACUUGGCAACAGUAAAGCUGAGUUGGCAUUGACACCACCUCCUGUGGGUGAAGGUGCACUUUAUGAAGUUUCUUUCAAGGAUUUGCGCCCAUCCUUAGAAUGGUCUCCAGAUUUUGGUUGGACUGUGCCUACAUCGCAGGAUGGUGUACGUCGAUGUGCUCAAUUAAUUCAACCUGUCGACCAAGCAUGUGGUCGCUUUCUGGCUUUGGAAAUACAUUCUAUGAGUGAAGGGCGAACUGGAUCUUCAUCAGAUCUGUCUUUCUCUACUCAUUCAUCUGCAAACUUGUCACCAGCAGAUGAAAAGAGGGAUUUUAAAACUACAGAUUUAGCAGAACGACUCCCUAUCAUUGAUCUUCCAAAGGAGGCGGCUGUGAACACAUCGAAGAAAGUGAGACGGUCAGAAAUUUGUUCUAGUUCCCAUACAGGAGAUGAAUCAGCAAAGGAAUCCAUUUUGUCAGAUAAAGAUUCUAGUUCGUGUAUUGAAGUUGAUCCAGCAAAAACCUCUGCUGGCCCUACUGAAAACCUUAACUAUUCAAGUUGUCCUUUGAAGAAGUUCAGAACCAGUAAUGGUAUUCAGUUACAUUCAAUGGGUUCUGACUCGACAGAGGCAGCAAUUUUGGAUUUAGAGGAACUCACAAAUAAAAUUAAAUGGCUGAAGGGACUGCUCGAGUUUGGAAGACCCAUGUCUAAUGCUGCCAGACCUUCAUGGAAGUUCGUGGACCAUCAUACAUCUUGCGGAAAUAAAUGAUUGAUGGUUUCAAAAUAUCGAAUUGUCAUCCUGUGGCUCUUGAGAAAUGAGGUAUAAAGCUUCUACACUUGUGCCUCUUCCAGUGAUAGUUUAGGAAGCUGGCUGACAUGAAGUUUGAACGCAUCCCAUGUUUUGGUUUCAAGUCCUGUUGCGAUGAUGCAAAUGCUAGUGCCAUGCCAGCAACGCUUAAACCUGCAUUCUGGCUUCACUCAGGUAUGAUUUAGAGAUGCUCUGAAGAUCAAGUAGCGUAUAAUUUUCUUGAGAUUUGUCGAUAAUAUGCAUUUGACAAAAGUAUCCAAGUUCAAUUGGCUCAACUGCUUUCUGCAACAUUUUUUUUUUUUAAAAAAGAAGCUUGUAUAGAGAAGUCAAAAGUGGAGAUUGUAAUACUGGAUCUCUCUUCAUUUGAAAGCCUGUGAUUGAAGGCUGUUUUCGAUUUUUUA